AUGCUCCAAAUUGUUGGCGGUGAAUACAGUAUCAUUGGUCGUCGGAGCCCUGUCGAAGGAUUUGCAUCUGAUGAGGCAGGCGAGCUCUCGAGAUUUGCGUCGUACGUCUCGCUAUCCGAAGGAAAGGUGGUUUGCGACUCUGACAGGUCGUUUGCAGACAUUGCGAAGCUGACGACCUGCGGCCGAGAUUGUGUAAAGAUGUUGAGUGAGCAGCAAGCUUUGAAGUUCUUCCACCCAAUCGUGAAAUCACAUGCGACCCAGAUGGAUUAUGCCGGACGUUUGCAGCUUCCUGCGCUGUUUGAUGACAGAAUGCGAUUUCAAGACAUGAUCGCUCAAUUCAGCGCAAUCACCGGCGUCAACCCUAGUCUGGCGACGACAGCAUUGCAGGCAACUGGCUGGGACCUCGACCAGGCCGUAUCCUUGUAUUUCGAAGAGCGCGCUUCUAACCCACUGGGCGCUGCCGACGAAGAAGUUGCUGCAGCUGCUGAACAAUCCAAUCGACCUGCCGCUGGACCUGCCACAUCGUCUACCGGCCGUAGACAACCUGCUGGGCGUCCGCAACAAAUGUCCUUCAGUGAUUUGCAACGUAGCGAUCAGGAUGAUGACGACGAAGAAGAGAAGGGUCAGGACUUGUUCACAGGUGGUGAGAAGAGCGGGCUCGCUGUGCAGAACCCAGAUCAGCCUCCCAACCAUUUCCGCAACAUCAUGCAACAGGCACGCCAGAAUCGUCCACGGCCACCAGCCCAUGGUGCAGAGGAUGAAGAGGAGGAGGAGGAAGAGGCCAGACCGAGCAAUUUCACAGGUCGUGCACAGACAUUGGGUGGCGACGAUGCCCCCAGUCGCAUCGUGAGCGAUCCGUCCGCCAGCACAGCUGCAAGUUCGGCGCGCAAUCUUCCUCGCGUCACACGAACGUUGCAUUUAUGGCAAGAUGGUGUGAGUGUUGACGACGGUCCACUUUUCCGAUUUGACGAUCCAGCGAACGCCACUAUCCUGCAAGAUAUAAAUCAGGGUCGUGCGCCACGGACCCUACUCGACGUCCAGCCGGGACAAGAAGUGGACCUCAAUCUCGAUCCGCACAAGGGCGAAAAUUACGUCGCGCCGAAGAAGCAGUUCAAGCCAUUCAGCGGUCAAGGUCAACGCCUUGGUUCGCCUACCCCAGGUUUACCGUCCACAGCGGGCGCGACUACGACUCAACCAUCGACUCAAUCAACGUCAGUCGCACCAUCGCAAUCCACUACAUCGAGCGCAGCACCGCAGAUCGAAGUCGAUUCGAGCCAGCCGACGCUACAAAUGCAGAUCCGUCUGGGAAGCGGGGCGCGUCUGUCUUCCCGAUUUAAUACGACUCAUACCAUCGGUGACAUUUACGAUUUUGUCGAUCGAGCCUCGACUGAGUCGGUCUCUCGGCCAUACGCUCUGCAGACAACGUUUCCCACAACGGAGUUCAAUGAUCGGGCUCGGGUCUUGGGGGAUAUCACUGACUUCAAGCGCGGAGGUGUCUUGGUGCAAAAAUGGAAAUAG